ACUUGAUUAAACCGGAAGUAUACGCCUCAGGGGAACUGUUGAUGACUAUAAAAAUCUCGGAAAAUUAUUUCACAGACUUAAAACUGCAAUCCGUCCAUCGUGCGCUAGCGCUAUUGCGUAAAUGGUCUUCCCCCAUCCCAAACAAGAAUUCUCCGGAAUGUCCGCAGUCUUAUCCACUUCAUUAUUUUCGCAUCCAACGAGUAACUACCAGAAUUAUUUCUUCACUAACGCGGAAAAUGAGAAGGUAGGAAUUUUGAAUUUGUAGAGGAUUAUUCAUUGAGGAUUAGACAUGACUUGUCUUCUAAUACAAAAUAACAUCGUUCUUGCAUUGCAAUUUCUUGCGUUGGCGUGUAAACAACAGCUUGUUCAAAGACGAGGGCCUUUCAUAAAGCAUCUGACAUGUUUCCACGAUCUGCUAGGAUAGAUUGCCGAGCACUCUCAAGAUUUUAUGUGAUAUGACCUUUUCAACUAUAUGCCACUUUGUCGGCAUUGCCUUAAAAAGAUUCUCCUUCCAGAUGUUACUGGGCCAUUAAUUAAUGAACAACUUCGUGUUUCUCCUGAUAAGGAACUGAAAGAUAUAUUAUGUUUUCUGUUGGGAUUUUUUUCUGUUAGGUAAUUAUUUUAAUAACUUAAAAGACGCCCGCCUUCAUUUAACUCAUGUGAUUGACUUAAGAUGAAGCGUAGCAAAGGAAAAAGUAUAUCCAAACCUUGACCCCAUUAAACCUUUGCGGUACAAGUUUGUUUGCGCAGCAUUAACUCACAUCAAGAUAUACAUCAUAGAUCUUGUGCGGCGUUUUGUUAGUACGGGACCCCAACGCGCACAGUAGAAAGGAAAUUGAUGCCACACUACUAUUUUUUUAGCGCUCUUGCUUUACUUACUACAAAUCAAGUGUUCGCUUACAAUGAGAAUGUCUCGAUUUUAAUUUUCUAGACGGUUUUGGCUCGGUUUUCUCCGCUGAAUAAAUGCUCUGAAUUCCGUGUGUUCGGGUAUACAAGGUUUUGUACAAUUGUAAAUUGCUUUACGUGACCUCGACAACCGCGGACAAGUAUUAUUAUAAAGAGUGAAAUAGGCUUACAGCCAAGACGACACAUAACGGAGCUUUUCUCAUGCAACAAUAUUGCCCCGGGGAAAAAUGAAUAGCGACAGGCCAUACCACAAAUAUAAUGAAAUCAGUUCGAGGUUAUAAAUAGCAUGCUUAAUUGUUUUUAGCCAUGUAAUUAUUAAGUUACUCUGUAGAUUAAUAUAAUAUGUCUAAUAAUUUUUGAUUUACUUUUAAUUCGAAGACGCUGGCGCCACAUAAAGCUACCUCGCCGUACUUAUUCUGAUAAAUCCCGCCUUUUAAAAUAUGAUUUGUAAAUCUUGUGAAAGCUGUGAAACGGCGGGUAUCUUCUUAACCCCGUUCCGGAUUCGUGCUACUUUCCCCAGGUGCAGCGGUCGUACUGAGUCACACGCUGAUCACACACGUUAUAUAACGUCGGCUUUAACCUAUAGUUAUGUUUUAGCGUAACAAGUGACUGAAAAUGAUGAAUGCUUCUGAGUAGAAUCUUCUUCUAGACUGAACAUUACGUUCCUUUUUAAUGGCAUCACUUUUAUCAUUCUAGAAUUUCUACAAAUCAUCAAAGCUUGAAUCCGACUUCGACCUGGACAUUUUCUCCACGGAUUUAUACCAAAACCUCGAAGAACUGGACCCGUCACUGUUCAUAGAUGAUCAGCAUUCGUGGUCUCUGGAUGAUGAGGACGAAUUGUCAAGCCUUGCUGUGCAAUUAAGAAACACUUUACUUCUGCAAAAGCAGAGGAAACGGCUUAAACGUCCCCCGGAAGGGUAUCUAUGUCACUUGUGUUUCUGCAAGGGGCAUUAUAUCAAAGAUUGCCCUCAGGUUGGUCCAAUGUUGAAUGAUUUUCUCAUGCUUUACGUUUUUGUUUUAAAAAAUCUUUUUUCCAAGGCACUUUUAUCUCUAAAAUGCCAGCAUAAGUUACACGUAAAUCGGCAAUUCCAAAACAUAGGUGAACUGUUACGGUUUACUCAUGUUAGCUUCCGUUUCCGGAUUAAGUCUGAGUCGCUAAAUCUCUCUUUUAAAAAGCUUUUGCCCAAAGAUUCUUUCGCCUGCUAAUCGCGCUAUAAAUAGUUGAAUGGAAUUCCAAAAAAUUGUCACGUCACGUAAAUUUGACAGUUAAACACUAGGCAAGCUAAGCGAAGAAGUGUGUUAGACUUGUGGCUAUUGUACCGACUGACAAAUGGGCGAACGCUACCCCCAUGCAACUGACAUCGAUUACCGAUUCGUAGCGAGAGCACUCUCGCGAUCAAACCUUCGGGCGUUACCUAUUAGACAGAUUUUUGUUUUUCUUGACACCAGGAAAAUAUCCUCCUUAAACAACUACUCUUUCCCCAUGUAAUCUAUUGCUUUGCUUGUAACAUUGGCCCGUACCCGUUAUAAAACCAUGUGAUUUCCUAACAUUAAAAAGAGGCCGGAGGGAGUAGAGUAUGUCUCAAGUCCUCUCAAGUCUAAAAUGCUUAUCAGUUGCAGAACAAUAAGGAAACUGCUCGGUUCAAUUUCAAUUUGUUUCAACCAAUUUUUUCCCCAGUGCAGGCUAUAAUGCACAUUUCUUUUGAACGGGUUAUCUUUAUUGUGAAAUUAACCUGGAGAAUACUUCCGUGAGUAAAGUUAGGUUUGUUCUGGCGAUUGGAAAAUUACGUUGACCUAAUCAUGCUCUGAUUUACUAAUUUACCUGCGGCCAGGUGUCUAAUUUAAGCCAAAAUCCACGUGAAGGUUGUACGUCGUUUGACCUCCUUUUCUAGAAGUUUGCAAUUUUUUUAAAACAUUCUGGCAUUACCGAUCAGUUUAAAAGUGCAAAACAUCUGUGUCUGCUUUCCAAAAAUCGAUCAUUCAUCACUUGUUCACUAGUUGAAUAGCUGAGUUUUGUCUUUUUGCUAUCCUCUAUACUUGGUUACCAUACCUUUGCACUAAAACCUCGCAAUUUUAAACCUUUCAAACAAAGCUUUCGCACCAGUUACUACUUUUGAAGUUCUUGCAGUCUGUGCCGGCGACUGAGUUAAGCUUGAGCAGCGGACUUUGCCCUUUGAAUGCUUUUGAUAAGCUGAAAUAAAUAAUAACAGUUCACUUAUCGAUCGAGGUUGUUGAUUGGAGAUGUUUAAUUCUACCGUCUUUUACUAAAGCUUGGGGAUAACUCAUUCUAGAUAAAAGGGUGUUCUGUGACGUUUAAUGUAACCAUAUCAAAAGCAAUCGAGGGCAUACUCAAUAAUUUUAGUCCUACAAGGCACUGUAAUCUUGUUUACACUAAAUAGACAAUAUAAUAACGACAAUGAGUGAAAAAAGGAUUAUAGAGUUAAAGUGAAAAGGGACGAGGUCUUGAGAAACUUGCAACAGCCAUAAUAUCUGUAAAGAUAAGGUUUGAAAAUAUCCACCCUACCCUGUACUAAGGUUAACGCUGUUGCUGUCUCGCUUGGAGCUUAACAAGGUCUUAUUUUUUUUUUCAAACUGGGAAACAGACGUUAAAACAACGCUAGGUUUUGAUCUCUUUGAGCAGCUUAGACAGGGCAAAAAAUUUAUUAUUUCCGUUUCAUAACCUUGUGUUUUUGAAACUAUAAUUGUAUUUUUGAUGUUGUUGUUUUGGAGAGCCGCAGGAGUUCGUAAACUAUGUCUCCCCGUUCGUGAUAAUCUUUUAAGUAUUCAAUCACGAAGGAAAUCUUUUCCCAUUUCCCCGCUUGGGUGGUGAUCAGAGGAGUUUAUCUCAGUAUUCACGGUUGGUUGGCAAAGUUAUCACUUAAGCCAAUGAGCAAAUGUCUCUUGCCUACUGGACACUUAUUUUAAAUUGUCGCGUUAAAUGAAUCGAAUUGGGGAAAACUCACUGAUUAGUGUCUCGUAAAACUUACCCUUUACUACUUCUAAACUUGUCUUUAAUACUCUUCAGAACAACGAUAAAACAAUUUUUGGCAAAUUUUCUAUUACAAAAAAAAUUAUAAAAUUUCUAAACUUAGAAAAAUCUAUUAUAACUCAAAUGAAUGAAGAAGCAACAUGAAAUUAGUGCAAGUUUAAAGUCUCUUGGAGAGGAGAGUUCUCGAUCAGUUUCGUAUACAUAUUUUUACGAAAUAACGUGACCCGUGCCUUAUAGUGGAAAAGAAAAAUGCCGCAUUGUAUUCCAUUUUCGGCAUUUUUUCAAAAAGAAGUCAAAGAAUACUCUGAAGUGAUGAAAUUUCCCAGUUAGGGUUAUGAAACAGGAGCAGAUGUUCUUGUGUCCACGUUCCUGUAUUAAUAACAUUAAGUAUUUUUUAUUAAAUUACGGUCGGGCUAUGUGCCAAUAAGACGUAACUUGAAAAAAAAACAACGUUCAUGUGUUUUUUUUUCUUCUUAACUUCAGCCUUUUUAACUUAUAAUUCGUUGUGAUCUAAAUCCGUCCUGACCGCUCUCUAUUACACACUUGCAGUUUACUUUAUUUUAGUUAACUAUUUCUAACCGAUUGAUUUUCAUUUAAAGUUCUUUCGAAGGACAAAUAAAUAAUGUGUGCCUAGAUCAUAGAAACAAAAGCCACAAACAACAGACUUAUCGGCCACUAUCGAAUGUAAAACCUUCGUUCUUUACUAACCUACGGUAAUAAAAAGAAAGUUUAUUGAACUUUUUAAAUUGAAUUUAUAGCUUUUCUGAUCACCGGAGGGGGGGGUGGGGGGCCCUCAUUAAAGUGACAGGGAUGCCCCAGAAAGGAUGAGUUAAUUCUCUCUGCUCAAGGGUUACGAGAAAAGAAAGGCCGAGAGUAUAUCUAGUUCUAGGGUAUAUGAGAAAGAAAAAAUCACCCCACGCUUACAGUCUGUGUUAUUGUCUCCGGUUGGGGUCAAAGAAAACCUGAGUCAUCCCCGUCCCUAUCGUGUGGGAGUCACCCUCCAGGUUCUGAUCGAUCACCAGUCAGCGAAGGCAUAAACUUUAUUUUGUAAAUUAUCUGAUCAAUGUCCCGUCGAUUAAAACUAAAACCCUUCGGAAAUACAGGUGAAGACAAGCUGACAGCAUGAGCCAGUGACCUGUGGGGUCUUGUUCCGUUCAAGCCCACGUUAAGAUUUUUAUUUUUACCAGUAAGAGCUUAGGUUGUGUCUAUUUACAUUAAUUUAAUACCUGAGGUUUUCCUUUCGUGGUGGUCUUACUUGGAAAAUCGUAAUCUUCAUUAAAGAUCAUCAAAACAACAAGAGCCAUGAUCACUGAUUUCCCUUUUUCGUUGAGGUCUUUGAGUUACCAACGUGAUAGAUUCUGCCAAAUGUUUUCCCUAGAGGCUGACUGAUCGGUUUACUUUACGUCGAUAAGACCUGUGCCUUCCCAGCUUUUACUGUAAAUGUUAAUAACGUUGCUAAGAAAUUUUAUUUUAAAGUGUUUUGAUACUUCCUUUGUUUUCAUUUCAUAUUACGUAACAAAAGGCAAAUUGGCAAAAUGUAUUGAAUGAUUUAAUAUUAUAUCAAAAUAAUAUUAAAAUGUCGCAAGGUGAUAAGACCUAACAGAAAAAGCUAACUAGAAGAUUGGUAAAGACGUGACGUACCUAUCUCAUUUCUAAUUCCCUGGAAACAACUUUUGUUAUGGACUGAAAUUAGGGGUAUUUCUACUAUUAACAGCAGUAUAGGUUUGUGUACGAUUGACUUUGUUGUCCAAACUCGGUCAAAUUUCAAGAUUGUGUUUGCUGCCCUCCCACACUCUGAGAAGUCUAUGCAUGAUCAGUGAGUCCCUCUCUGUAAAGCCCAUGGAUAGAUAAAGAAAUAGAGCAUUUUCACACAAGUCACUAGCAACUUCCACCGGACUGGUUUAAGAAACGAACAGGGCGACUGUUUUUGUCCUGAACACCAAUGUCAUAGCGGCGCGACUUUUCAUUUUAAAUAACCUUAGAUUAUCUUGGUAAUACAGAUCACGAUCAGUGUCCAGUUCCCAAAGCAGUUAAAAAGAGGAGGUUAAAUAAUCUGUUUUUGUUCCUAACAUCCUCUUCAUUUGGAGUGUGUUGUUAGAUUGCGGUUUUUCUCAUCAACAGAUACCUUACUCUUAAUUUUUUUUUAGGCCAGACCAAAAGGCGAAGGCCUCACACCAUAUCAAGGAAAGAAGAGAUGCUUUGGAGAAUUCAAAUGUCCUUUGUGUAAACGCAAGUGGAUGAGUGGUAACAGCUGGGCCAACACAGGUCAGCAAUGUAUCAAGUGCUACAUCAACGUGUACCCACACAAGCAGAGACCGCUGGACAAACCUGAUGGGCUCGACGUAUCGGAUCAGACUAAGGAGCAUCCACAGGAUCUGUGUGAGAAAUGCAAGGGGCUUGGGUACUACUGUCGUAGGGCUCAACAGAGUUGAAAUAGUCUGAUUGCAGUUGUUAAAGUGAGGUGGUUGCUUAAAGCAACGAUUUGGAAAAGUUUUCUAACUUGACUCAUGCAACGAUUGAUAUAGGACUUUCUACAAGAAAAGGUUGCCAGCUUCUAUGAAGGUUAUUCUUUGAUUAUUAGCUACAAUGUAGCUGUGCGCUGUAAACAUUUUUUGGUCUAAUAGUCUCUAAAUCAUCGUUUGACGAUGUUGAUCAAAUUUUUAUCCCAAUUCUAUCGCUUGUUUUGAAAAUAUUGUUAAGAAACGUCGACGCGCCCUCAUAUGGAUAUCAAAUUGCAUUGAAUUUAUAUUUUCUAUUAAUUAUUUUAAAUUAUCAAGGUGUAUGUAGGAUAUUUAGACUUAGAUAUCAAGGCUUGAGCUUGUCAGUCAUUUAUGUCGCGAUAUCCGGCUUAGGAACUCAGUUGUUGUUAUAUUUUUCUUGUGUAAUUAUCUGAUAGAAUACAGCAUCAUGAAAGGAAAUAGUGUGGAAAGCAUACAAAAUGUAAUUAUAGUUUUAAACAACACGUUGAGAUUUGUCCAUAAGGGGUUUAGGAAUUAGUAUGACCUGAGAGGUGAAAUUAUUUCUUUCUAUUUUUAUCUGUUAAAAUCAAAUGAAUGUUAAACAAGUCAGUUAUACUUGCCUGAGAAUUCGGUUUUACCUCUUGAACUGAUACAAGGGAGAUUCAAAUAAAGGCAUUACUAGUUUGCCUGCUGCUUUCUAGAGUCCGGUCCAAUCCUUCUGAGCAUUUGGGAGAAAAGCGCGGGCGCAUUUCCCGAACAGCGGCUGGAAAUCCAGCAUGCGCAUUUGAAAGAUUGAAUGACUUGUUGCUGGACACCACGAACAGAUAAGAUCGACGUUUUAAAUAACAGUAAUUUUUUUUGUGUAAUUGAAAAGUAACACAUUUGCGCAAAAUCGCAGAUACAAGAAGUGAUAAAGAUGUAUUCGUUUAAUCUUUUUUUAUAGCACUGAACGCAUUGCUAUGAUAAACAUAAAAUUACUUGAAAAGCAUAUACGCCGAAAUGUUUUCCAUCGGGAAAUAGGCCUAAGUAGCAAGUAGUAAGUGUUUUAUGCCCCGUUAAAUUAAUUAUAAGAAAUCAUUGACCAGCAAAAACCCGGGAUGGACUAGAUGUAGAGGUUUAUUGUAUGAGGUUGAAUUUUUUUUAUGUUAUCCAGUAGACCGCUAUCAUUUUGAGCUAGGUCUCUCUUUGCUCGGUAGUUUAGUUUGUUACAGAUUCUAAACGCAAAUUAGCAUAGUAUAAGUCAAAAGUCACGGUGUCACAGCAUUUGAAGAUGAUUCUGGAGAUGGACUCGAAAAGGCUGAGGAGACGUUUUCAACAAGUUUACCCGAAUGCAAUCCAUUUGAACUUUCCAGUCCAUGCCUCGCGAAUGGCUUUCCCGUAUUUCUUUCGUGUUUAUAUUCUUCUGAUUUAAUAGAUAAUUUCGAUAUUUGAUCAGUUUUAAUACGAUUAGCUAUUCUUCCAAAAUUGCGUGAGAUGGCCGUUUUUUAAGCUAGCAGCUAGUUAGAGCGUUUUGCUAAAGGGUUUAAUUAAGCAAAAAAGCUUAAUAUUAGUAUGGGAAUCCGAAGUUGAAUGGUUCCAGGAAAUAUCAGAGCCAGCAGGCAGCAACACAAAAGUAUAUAAAGAAACAAUCAGAAUCCAACCUGACCCGAUCUCGCAAGGGAUUGGUCGAGAGUACCAAUCCCUUAAGAUUGGUACAGGUCAGGCUAUUUUCCUUAGCCAGUAAGACAAACUUAACGAUGAAAACCCCUAUUUUUCCUGCCAUUCAACGGCGUUCAAACUACGCUAAACUCAAUGAACGAUAUACUUUUUUUGAAGCUUCUUCGAGAUGUAUAAUUAUUGUCAAGUAAAUGAUAGCUAGUAAGCCAGUGGGAGAUAUUUAGAGCUUUUUUGUUUUUGUCCAAGACGAGCCUUA